GAGAAGGGGGAAGGCGACAGAAGCGCGUUCCCGGGCUCGUGACCGCCGGCGGCCGGGGAAUCUGUGCCCACACACUUGCAGAGAUGGCAGGCGGUGACGGCUGGCGCAUCGUGGGCACCCUCCACCUGCUGCUGCUGGCGACCGUCCUGUCCCUGAUAGCCGGGAGUGGAAGCCCUGACACCACUGCCUGGACUCAGGAGAAGAACCACCAUCAACCAGCACAUCUGAAUUCUUCAUCUCUUCGGCAAGUUGCACAAGGCACCAGUAUUUCUGAAAUGUGGCAAAAUGACUUGAGGCCAUUGCUGAUAGAACGCUAUCCAGGGUCACCUGGAAGCUAUUCUGCCCGUCAGCACAUCAUGCAGCGAAUUCAAAGGCUUCAGGCUGAGUGGGUCGUGGAAGUGGACACCUUUUUGAGUCAAACACCCUAUGGUUCCCGGUCCUUCUCAAAUAUCAUCAGCACUCUUAACCCAGAAGCUAAACGACACUUGGUCCUUGCCUGCCACUAUGACUCCAAAUAUUUACCUCAAUGGGACGGCAGAGUGUUUGUGGGAGCCACCGAUUCAGCUGUGCCAUGUGCAAUGAUGUUGGAACUAGCUCGUGCCCUGGACAAGAAACUCCAUUCCUUGAAGGAUGUCUCUGGUUCCAAGCCAGAUCCCUCACUUCGGCUAAUUUUCUUUGAUGGAGAAGAGGCUUUUCUUCACUGGUCUCCUCGAGAUUCUUUGUAUGGAUCUCGGCACUUAUCCCAGAAGAUGGCAUCAACUCCACACCCUCCUGGCUCAAGAGGCACCAACCAACUGGAUGGCAUGGAUCUGUUGCUCUUACUAGAUUUAAUUGGAGCUGCAAACCCAACAUUUCCCAAUUUUUUCCCUAGGACUACCAGAUGGUUUAGUAGACUCCAAGCAAUUGAACAAGAACUCUAUGAAUUGGGUUUGCUCAAGGAUCAUUCUUUGGAGAGGAGGUAUUUCCAGAAUUUUGGUUAUGGAAAUAUUAUUCAGGAUGACCAUAUUCCAUUUUUAAGAAAAGGUGUCCCAGUUCUUCAUCUGAUAGCUUCUCCUUUCCCUGAAGUCUGGCACACCAUGGAUGACAACGAAGAAAAUCUGGAUGAGUCAACCAUUGACAAUCUAAACAAAAUUAUCCAAGUCUUUGUGCUGGAAUAUCUUCACUUGUAGUAUUUGAAUUUAGUUCAUGGUAAUUGCUUCUGUAUCAAAUUCAAAGUCAAGGUGUUGUUUAAACAAUCUGAUUCUAGAUAAAUGUUGUAUGUAAAACUUCUGUACUAUAGAUUAAUUUUGUAGUGUUUUUGAAUAUGUGAUCAGUGAACCAUAGAAUUCUAUGAUGGCUUUAAUUGCUCAUUAAUUUUCAUCUGGAAACAAGAAAGGAACACGUAAAUAAAUCAAAAUAAAUAACUUUUGAAACUCUUUUAGAUGAAAACUUUAAAGUGGUAUUAGAAUCACUUAUCAAUACUAUAGACUUUUAAACGGAACAGUAGAUAGCUGUAGUUAUAUGUUAUAUAAUGUGUUAUGGAACACAAUAAAGACAUGUAUUUUGACAGCCCUUAAAUUUCUUCAAGAAAGCUUUGUGGAGUUUAUUUCUUGGAAAUUAAAGUCUGAAUUAAAUGUUA